CGCGGCUCGGCACGCUCCGGGGAGAAUUCGAGCUCCUGCCGAUGGCGGAGUCCGAGUCUGUCGAUGCGUUCGCCGGGAGGCUCGGUGGCAUGGCGGCGCGCUACGCGGCGUUGGGCUCAACCCUGGAAGAUUCCGCGCUCGUCAAGAAGCUACUUGACUCGGUGCCGAACCGGCUGUACGCGGCGGUGGCCAGCAUUGAGCAGUUCUGCGACGUCGGGGCGAUGCUGUUCGAGGACGCGCUGGGGCGGCUGAAGGCUUUUGAUGAACGGCUGCGGCGACGCGAUCAGGCAGGCGGCGAGCAAGCUAACGGCGAGCUGCUGUACACGGCGGCGCAAUGGAGGGAGCGGGAGCGGCGUCACGGUGGAGCUCGGGAUGACGACGACGGGACACGCAGCAAGGCUUCAGGCGUCGAUGGUCCCAGGAAGGGCAGGUGCUACAAGUGCGGGGAGCGGGGUCACUUCAAGCAUGACUGCCCGCAGUGGAAGAAGGCGCCGGCACCGGAGCAUGCACUGCUGGUCGACGGCGACGUCGAGGAUGGCGGGCUGCUCUGAGCCGCGGCUUAGGGCGCGAGUGUUGGGUGUAAUAAGCCGCGGUGAUGCUCCUGGCGCGGCUGGUGCGUGUAUGGGCGCGCACCGGAUGUGACGGGCGCGUCGGGUCCGCGGUGUGCGCGUGCGUAGGUCUGCGUGUGUGUGUGUGUGAGUCAGCGCGUGUGUGCGCGGGGCCACGCCGGGCUGUUAGCGAGCGAUAAGGAGGGGUAGACCGCGUCGGGCGCGCUGGCAGGCCGUGGCGAUCGCGUUCGGGCGCGGUGCGUGGACGCGGCCAGAGCGCGGAGGGCGUGGGGGAGUGGGUGAGCGAGUUGGUGCAGGGCGAGGCCGUGCAGGCCGGUGCUCGCGGGUAUAAAAUCCUGGCUCCCCUCUGUAGCUCAGGGACAGGAUCGAGUUCGUGCUCGAGGUAAAGGGAAAAGCGUUCGUGCGCUGGAAAAACCCCGCGUCCACCACUUUCUGAACUUCUCUGAAUCUCUUCCUUCUUCCUCUCCGGUGACCGAACUACGGCAAACGUGAGUAAGCAGAGUGAGAGGGAGAGGAGAGCUGCAGCGAGGAGUUGGCGGUUCCAACAGUAACUCGCCAGAUGAGGCUAAGAUUACCAAUUCUGACUGCUGCUUACGACAUGCUGACAGCGGUAUCGCAGCUCGUUAAUUCAGACAAGUUAACUGGGCAAAGA